AUGUCUGAUGCUGAGAAGAUGCAAACAUCAGUGAGCCGACUCUUUGUUGAGUCUGGCGAGAAGGAUAGAUUGUUACAAUUACUACGAGCUCGUCUCUCUGAUUCAGGAUGGACAGAUAGUUUGGAUGCAUACAGUAGAGACGUUAUCAAGUCCAAAAACCUAGAGGACGUCUCAUUUGAAGAUCUCAUCAAAGAGAUUGGCGAUCAUGGCAGAUCAACUGUCAGCGAGACCAUCAAAAAGGAUUUAUUAGAGAGCAUCAAGAAAUUCUUGGAUGAACAUCUCGAUUAA